AUCAAGUCAGAUUAGGUUAGAAUCACAGCACUGAGCACGCGUGCAUUGUUUUUAGACCGAAAGCUUAUACUCUGAAUUAAUUCAGACUUUAACUGAUAAUGCUAGCGAGGCGGCUGGCACUCACACGCGGUAAACAACUAUGCAAGCAUUCAUGCUUCCCGGAUGAAGUACUCGCUCAAAUAACACGUAGUUACAGUAUAGAGCAUGAGAAACGACAGCACCAGUGGCGAGAGAAGGAAUUGAAUGCGGUGAGGCCCAACCACGGAGAUGACCCGGAGAAGCCCAAGAAGUUCGUGUGGUUUCCCACGGCCGCUCCCAAAGAGACCGACUUAGCCUUCGGUAAUAUCUUAAAGUGGUUCAAGUACAACAAGGUCGCAUAUCUCAAAUUUGCUCAGAUGUUCCGUCCGAUGAGGCACGAGAUAUUAGGCGCCGAUCUGGCCACCGCUCAUUUUCUCGUUCAUCGCGGUGGCCGGGUCAGAUUUAAGGGCAACACUUACUGGACAGAACAAAACGAGAAGGGUUUAUACACGUUACCCAGCAAUUACGAUCCACGCUACAUCCUUGAGGCGGUGGACGUCAAUGGAUUUGAUCUGUAUUACGAAGGUCUAAGUAACUUAUGCGGCCUCAGCAAGCUCAAGUGGCUCAGUCUCAAGGACUGUAAGAACAUCGACGACUGGGGCUUGGAUAAGAUCUCGGCCGAGUUCCCUAAACUGGAAUAUCUGGACAUCUCUGGCUGCGAGAAGAUCACUGAAAGAGGCCUGGAAUCUCUGUACAGAAUGAUGAAUUUGAAGAAAAUGAUUGUAACGAAUCAUAAUAAGUCUGUCGCUUUUGAGCUAAGUUGCAUCAUGUUGGAGGAUUGCAUACCAGGACUGACUUGUGAAAUCCUUAUGCCUGGAGAAGAAUCGAAAGAAUCGAAAUACUGAAUAAAAGAUUAGAAUCAUAAUGUAGUUUGUAACUGUAAGGAAAGAUAUUUAUCUUUAUUUACACAAUAUUUAAUUAUUUUUUGCACAAUCUUAGGGAACUAUAAAUUAUAGCGAAUUCAGUCACUUGGAUUACACUAAAUUGUUGCAUACUAAAAGCUGCUGUACAUAAAAUUAGCAAAAAAUAUGAUAUAUAUGCAUGUACAUA